UUCUCUCUCCUUCCUUGGAGGCUUGGUACCUCACUUAUUUUUUUUUUCUAUUUCUUUUUUAUUUUUUUAAUUCCCCAUUUUCUCUCUAAACAAGAUGGGAGGUCGCUGACCCAAGAAACUAUCAAUUUAUGGAGAGUCAAGUUGAACACAACUCAACUCAGAAACAGCUUCUACCAUCCAACUCUGGCUCGGAGCACUUAAAAAAGCUCCGAGUUUGAUGGUCUUGUUCAUCAGCUGUUAAAGCCAGGUCUUUUUUUUUUCUUCUGUAAGUCUCAUUUUUACUAUUAUUUUUCUGUAUUUAUUAUUGUUGUUUUUGAAGUGACCGUCUUGAUGACCUAAAACUAGAUUCUUUAACUUGAGAGGUUGUAAAUUUGGGUUUUAGAUCUGGGUUUCUUGAUAUUUGUGAUGAAAUUAGGGUUUUACCUUUUGGUUUUGAUGAAUUUCUGAUAAAGGAAUAGUUUUUGGAUUUGGGUUUUAUUGGUUUUUAGGGUAAAAGUUAGGAUUUUUAUGAUAUGGGUAUGUUUGGUUUUUUGAUUCUGUGAUAUUAGUUUCUUUAAUUUUAGGGUAAAUUUGAGGUUUUUAUAUCUGGGUACCUUAAACUUGUGAAGAUUAUAAGGAGGGUUUUAUCUGCGGUCGAAAAGAAGGGUUUCUUUUUGUUUUUUUUUUGGGAGCAUUUGUCAUGGGUGAUGAAACAUCUGAUACAAUGAACCUUGAUUUGAAUCUGGAUCCUGCUCCCGAGACAGGGCCAGUAUUAGGGUCGAAUGAAGGUGUGAAUUGGGAUGAUUUGGUUGAGGGCCCAUUUGAUAGGAUUAGAGAAGUUAUUAGGCGAAGGCGGUGGAGAUUGCCGCAGGUUCAAGUUCCUGCUGCAACUCAGAACUCCUUUGCGGAAUUGGAUCAAUUUAUGGGUAAUUCAGGCAAUGUGAGUACAUUGCAUGCAGGUGAGGGCAGCGUUGCUGCCGAGGAAAGAACGAGUGACAUACCGAAAGCAUGUGAAAAUACCAAUGGAUUUUUGGAAGAAGAGGUUUCAGAAAAAAAGGAUGAUGUUGAGAAGGGUGUUAGCAAUGAUGGGAGCUUUUUCGGUUGUAACAUAUGCCUGGAUUUGGCUCGGGAACCUGUUGUAACUUGUUGCGGUCAUUUAUUUUGCUGGUCUUGCCUCUACCGAUGGUUACAUGUUUAUUCAGAUGCUAAGGAAUGUCCUGUCUGCAAAGGAGAGGUGACUGUUAAAACUCUGACCCCAAUUUAUGGUCGGGGGAACAUUACCCAUGAGCCAGAAGAGGACUCUGAUCUUAAGAUCCCUCCUCGGCCCGCUGGUCGGCGGGUGGACAGUUGGAGGCAAACUAUUCAAAGGACUGCUUUUAAUCUCCCAGUGGAGGAGAUGAUUCGCCGCCUUGGAAGCAGAUUGGAUUUGGCCCGUGACCUGACUCCACCACGGGAGACCAAUGGUACCAGGGAAACCAUGGAAAGAUCUAAUUCUGUUCUUAACAGGAUUUUGGCAUCUCAAGGACUGCGUGGAGAGCAAAAUUCAGUUGUGUCCCUUGAUGAUGUUGACUUGAUGCCUAGCAGCACAACGGGUACUGGUUUUAUGUCCUCCCGCAUUCAUUCAUUGUUCGUUCAAAGAUAUCCACAUUUGCGAAGAGGUGCAAGACUUACUUCUCUGUCAUCUGCAUUGAGUUCAGCAGAAAGGAUAGUUGAGACAUAUUUUCGAAGCAACCAGGUGGGAAGAAAUCAGGAGCAGCCACCAUCGGUUGAUGAUAGAGAUUCUUUCUCAAGCAUUGCUGCCGUAAUAAACUCAGAGAGUCAAAUGGACACUGCUGUCGAAAUAGACUCUGGGGUAUCACUUUCAGCUUCAUCUUCUAGGAGAAGAAAUGAUGCUUCAAGGAUUACAGAUGUUGACAGUGGCGACUCUCGCGCACACAGAAGGAGAAGACUGAACUAGGAGCUAGAAGAUAUUUAGCAUAGCUUACGUCCUGGAACUGCUCCAAAAUAGUUUUAACUGCAUUCCAUCUAUAUUGCUUUUACUUUACAAAGAAUUCAGCUUCAACAUUUAUGAUUUUGACAAGGGUGAUCAUAAGGGUUUGAAUAUGUUAUGCUCACAUUAUGUGAAUUGAGAAAUGGUAUCAUCCUUUCCUAAGUGUCCAUCCUUCAUGUUUUAUGGCAAAACAAUUUGUAUGGACUAUGGAGCUGGUAGACCCAUCUUUACUCUUGCUGUUCAUAGCCAUGCAAAUUGCAAGCUUCAUAUAUCCGAUUUUCCUUUCAGAUGUCUUCCUUUUUUUUUUUCCCUUUUAAUCAUCCAUUCCUUCCACCUCCUAAACCAGGAAAAACUUCCAUAAAUACCAAUUUCUUUUUCAAAAUACUCUUUUAGAUGAAAUUAGCGCC